GCUCAUUUUAGGAAAUGUUUUUUAGCUUAUAAAUAACUGAAGCUAAGCCCAUAAUCACUCCAAGCCCCCCAUCUUCCAUGGCCUCCUUCAUCUGGACUCUGUUGCCAUUACUAGCUCUUCAAGCCAGUUUGCUGCACUUCACCACUUGCCAUGUUGAUGCUACUACAGGUGAAGCUGAGGCUCUCCUCAAAUGGAAAGCUAACCUUCAGAACUACUCAGCUGCUGCUCUCAGUUCCUGGAUGACAUCCUCAGUAAGUCCGUGCAAAUGGUUUGGUAUAUCAUGCAACAGGGCAGGAAGUGUAAUAGAGCUAAAUCUACCAGAGGCUAGCCUAGAAGGUAAGCUUGAUAACUUGAGCUUCCCUUCCUUACCAAAUCUCCAACUACUCAAUCUUAGCUUCAAUGAACUACUUGGAACAAUACCUGCAGCUAUUGGUUCCUGCUCUAAACUCACCCUCCUUGAUCUCUCUGUGAAUGUCUUUUCUGGUUCAAUACCUUCAGAAAUAGGUGACCUAAAAAAUCUGGUUGAGUUAGACCUUAGUCGUAAUGAACUCACUCAUUCAAUCCCUUCCACUCUAGCUAAUUUAACCAAUCUAAAUGUUCUGUACCUGUACAGGAAUCAACUAACUGGAUCAAUACCUCCACAAUUAGGAGGUAUGAAAAAUCUGAUUCUGCUUGAAAUGGGAGAAAACAAUCUCUCUGGUUUAAUCCCUCCAACUUUAUGUAAUUUAAGUAAUGUGGAAACUCUAUACCUAUUCCAGAAUCAACUAAGUGGUCCAAUCCCUUUGGAAAUAGGAGAUAUGAAGAAUUUGGUUCACUUGGGGCUAAAUCAGAACAGUCUUAUCGGUUCAAUUCCUCAUACUAUAGCUAAUUUGAGCAGGUUAAACACUCUACAGCUCUACCAGAAUCAACUUAGUGGUCCAAUACCUUCAGAAUUAGGACUUCUAAAAAAUUUGGUUGAUGUGGAAUUAGGUGGGAACAGACUCAUAGGCUUCAUUCCUCCUACUUUUGCUAAUCUUAGCCAUCUGACUAGGCUACAAUUCUAUAAUAAUCUUCUCACUGGUCCUGUUCCAAACUUCAAAAAUUGCACUAAUUUACUGUGGGUUGGACUUGAAAGCAACCAACUUGUAGGUGAUAUAGGUGAUAGCUUUGGACUACACCCUGAUCUUUAUUAUAUCAACCUGAGUAACAAUAGAUUUCAUGGGAGUUUGUCACCGAAUUGGGGGAAGUGCUCGCAGUUGACGGUGAUAAGGUUUUAUGGCAAUCUGAUUAGUGGAAAUAUCCCACCUGAGUUUGGCAAAUUACCUCGACUAGGAGUGCUUGACCUUUCUUCAAAUCAACUAGUUGGAAAGAUACCAAAGGAAUUGAGUAACUUAUCUGCUCUGUUCACCUUGAAUUUGAAUGAAAACCAAAUUUCUGGGCAGAUACCAGCUGAAAUUAGUCAGUUAGUCAACUUGGAGCUCCUCAAUCUCUCAUCAAAUAAUCUAGUUGGAUCAAUCCCUGAGCAACUUGGUUCUUGCUCCAAACUGCACUCAUUGAGCUUGAGCAAUAAUUCAUUGACUGGAAGCAUUCCAUAUCAGAUUGGUGGUCUUGUAGCUCUCCAAAUUCAACUAGAUCUCAGUUAUAACUCAAUUGCUGGAGUGAUUCCACUACAGCUUGGAAACUUGGUUAUGUUGGAAACUUUGAACCUCUCUCAUAAUAAGAUUACAGGGUCAAUACCUUCUUCUCUUAUUGGGAUGGCCAGCUUGUCAACCAUUGAUUUUUCUUACAAUGAGUUGGAAGGCAUGGUUCCUACUAGCAAAGUAUUUCAAAAUGCUUCACCACAUGCUUUUGCACACAACAAAGGGUUGUGUGGUGAAGUUCGAGGCCUCUUACCAUGCAGUUCAUUCCAUGCUAGCAUAGGAUCAAGUAUAAUGAAGAACAAAGCCAUGAUUGCCAUUAUAAUUUCUAGUACGACGGUGGUAUUUCUCGCAAUUUUAAUUAUUGUCAUUAUUUCCCGCGCUCGAUAUAAAGGGAAAAAUGAGCAUGCAGAAAUAAAAGCAGAAGGCCAUGGGAAUGUAUUUUCAUUGUGGGAUUUUGAUGGGAGAAUAGCAUAUGAAGAUAUUAUUGCAGCAACAGAAGACUUCAAUCCAAAAUACUGCAUUGGAGCUGGAGGUUAUGGGACUGUUUACAAAGCAGAGCUUCCUAAAGGUGAUGUGGUGGCAUUGAAGAAACUUCAUCCCUUGGAAGGUGAGGCACUAGCAGAUGAAAAUAGUUUCAACAAUGAAAUAAGAGUGUUAAUGGAAAUAAAGCAUCGAAACAUUGUGAAACUUUAUGGGUUUUGUUCUCAUCCAAGCUGUAUGUUUUUGGUUUAUGAGUAUGUGGAAAGAGGAAGCUUAUAUAGUAUCUUGAGUAAUGAAGUGGAAGCUAUGGAAUUGAAUUGGGAGAAGAGAGUGAAAGUGAUCAAAGGUGUGGCCAAUGCUUUGUCCUACAUGCAUCACGAUUGCAUUCCUCCGAUAGUUCAUCGGGAUAUUUCGAGCAGUAAUGUUUUGUUGGACUCAGAAUUUGAGGCUCUUGUGUCUGAUUUUGGAGUUGCUAGACUGUUAAAGCCUGAUUCAUCUAAUUGGACAACACUUAAAGGCACUUUUGGAUAUGUUGCUCCAGAGCUUGCAUACACCAUGGCUUUGACAGAAAAAUGUGAUGUUUAUAGCUUUGGAGUAUUGGCAUUAGAAACGAUAAUGGGACGACAUCCAGGGGAAUUCAUCUCUUCUUUAACAUCACCAGUUGGCCAAACUGCACUAUUGAAGGAUGUGUUAGACCCACGUCUUCCAUUCCCAAGUGAUAGUAAGAUUGUAAAGGACAUAAUCACUACUGUGACAGUAGCUCUUGCAUGCUUACACAUCAACCCGCAAUCCCGGCUAAGCAUGAGGGAAGUUUCAAAGGAGCUACUUACUCAUCAGCCAUUCUUCAAUGAGCCCUUUACUGCACUUACACUAGGUCAGCUGAUGUAUCUCACUAAUGGUGAAGAAUCACCUUGUGUUGUUCAGUUGUUGGGCUAGUUUGUGUCUGUAUUGUUUACGUUUGGGCUCUAUAUAGGUGGCCAUCCAUGUACUACAUAUAUUGUCUCCAUGAUCUGUGUGAAGGGUUAAGGAUUGUUCUACCGGAGUGUGAAAUGUCUAACAAUAUCUUAAA